CAUCGGCUAGGGCUCCCCCACUCAGGGACACCCCCUCCCAGUGUCCCAGCGCCCCAGCAUCUGCGGGCUCCAGGGGAAGCCCGGGCACAGGGGAGGGGGAUUCAGCAGUUGCUGGAUACCCAGAGAGAACAGGGCAGACGGAGGCGCUGGAUCGGAAGAACAGGAGCCCCCAGCCCCAGGACACACUCGGGACACCAGAUGGAUGCACGAGUGGGCAGAGUUAAUGUUGAGUGGGCAGAUCUUGGAAUUUCCUAACAUUCAAGUGGUUGGCGUUGCAACCUAAAUAACGUACUUUUCAUGUAGCGUUUCAUAUGGAUCUUUUGCUGCAGGCUGUGCAGGAGGAGGCUGGAUGCUCCCGACAGGUCCCAUGCAUGUUUAUUGAGAUUGGCAUCUGAGAGUGCAGCCGCUCCUGAGACAGACCAUGGCCACAGAACUACAUGCAAGUGCAGAUUUGGGACUCCAGUUACAGGUGCCUUUAGAGCAGGGGGUGCAGCCCCCAGUAAAAAGGGAGGAACAAGAUCCACCAGGCCCCGAGCCAGGGCAGGGAGUGGAGCAAGGAGAGAACCUUCCCUUUGUUGUCUGUUCUGGGACCAUCGGGGAAUUACUGAGAUGGGCGGCUCCGCAACAGUCCAGGCUUCAGAGGCAGGACGAGCCGCCCCAGCGCUGGGAAGUCCAGUGGCAGGAGGUGCUGCAGGCCCUAUGGACCCCUCCUGAAGUUGUGCCGGCCCCGGUGACGCUACAGCUGCCUGAGCUGGCACCAGGGGACGAUAUUGAGGCCUAUCUGGCCAACUUUGAGCAUGUGGCUAAUGCCUGCCAGUGGCCGAGAGGAGAGUGGGUAACGCGACUCGUGCCGGCACUCAGCGGAAAAGCCCGACAGGCCUACAGCAGCCUGGAGGCUAGAGACAGCAGAGACUAUGGGAAGGUGAAAGCUGCCAUCCUGCAAGGGGAGGACACCCGCCUGGAGAUGCGGCGUCGAUGCUUCAGGCAAUUCCGCUACCAGGAGGUCGAGGGGCCCCGGGAGGCUUACAGCCGCCUCCAGGAGCUCUGCCAUCGCUGGCUGGAGCCGCAGAGCCGCACCAAGGAGCAGAUCCUGGAGCUGCUGAUCCUGGAGCAGUUCCUGACCAUCCUGCCAGAGGAAAUGCAGAACUGGGUCUGGGAACGUGGCCCAGAGAACUGCGCCCAAGCGGUGGCCCUGGCAGAGGGGUUCCAACUGGGGCAGCCAGAGGCUGGAUUAUGGGAGCAGCAGGUCACGGUGCGCGUGAAGGUUGAGGAAGUGACUUCGGAGAAGAUGGCUUCCCCUGAGGCAUUAUGGGAUGCUCCCGGCUCCCAGCUAGAGCAGUUGCAGCCCCAUCACGAAUGUGUAUCCCAGGAGGAGGUGGGACGAGUUGAGACCCCAGGACACCAGUAUGAACCACUCUGUGUCCCCAAAGAGGAGCCCCCGAUCCUCCAGGAAAUGGAUAAUAAGUCAGGCCCCCGGCCUCAUUCAGAGCACAUGAUGGAUGGUGAUCACAGGAUGGGUGACGUGGUGCUGAGCGCAAGUCCCCAGCUGGAGGUGCCAAGCGCAAGUCCCCAGCGGGAGGAGACAGAGAUGGCAGGGCCACGCAGGGUGUCCCUGGGAAGAUACAAAGGGAAGGCGUCACGGACUCAGCGCAGGGUGGGGAGGCAGCAUGGGAGCCCCAUUGGGAAAAGGCAGGUGGAAUCAGCCCCUCCCCUACCAGACUUCGGGAAGCCCGAACCCCAGCCCAGGCCUUUCAAAUGUGCUGAGUGUGGGAAAACCUUUUGCCGCAGCUCUGACCUGCUGAGACACAAGCGGAUCCACCGGGGGGACCGGCCCCACCACUGCACUGAGUGCGGGAAAAGCUUCGUCCGGAACUCCCACCUCCUGAUCCACCAGGUGAUUCACCGUGGUGAACGCCCCUUCACGUGCAGCGAGUGUGGAAAGAGCUUUAGCCAGAGCUCCACCCUAACAAGACACCAGCAGAUCCACACUGGCGAGAAACCCCACCGCUGCCACCAGUGUGGCAAGAGCUUUGGGCGCAACUCCAACCUGACGAGGCACCAGAGGCUCCAUGCGGCUGAGCGGCCGUUCCGGUGCUCCGAGUGUGGCAAGGGGUUUGCGCAGAGCUCCAACCUGAUCAAACACCAGCGGGUCCACACCGGGGAGCGGCCCUACCGCUGCCACCAGUGCAGCAAGGCCUUCACCUGGAGCUCAUCGCUGCUGGAGCACCAGAAAUCUCAUGCUGGUGAAAAGCCCCACAGCUGUCCGGAGUGCGGGAAGAAGUUCAGCCGUGGCUCCACCCUGCUGGAGCACCAGCGCAUCCACACCGGCGAGAAACCUUUCCGCUGCCACCAGUGCGGCGCCCGCUUCAGCCAGAGCUCCACACUGGUGCACCACCAGCGCACCCACACCGGGGAGCGGCCCUACCGCUGCGACGAGUGCGGGCGCAGCUUCGGCCGCAAGUCCACGCUAGUGACCCACCGCCGCACCCACACCGGCGAGAAGCCGUACCACUGCCUGGAGUGUGGACGCAGCUUCGUGGUCAGCUCGGACCUGGCCAAACACCAGCGCACCCACACCGGCGGCCAAGGCCCCUACCGCUGUGGGGAGUGUGGGGAGGGCUUUGGCUGGAGCGCUGCCCUGGCUGCCCAUCGGGCCAGCCAGCACGGUGCCGAGAAGCCCUACCGAUGUUCCGAGUGCGGGGAGGCUUUCCACCAAAGCGCCACGCUGCUGGUGCACCAGCGCACCCACGCCGGCGACGAGGCCUUCACCUGCUCCGACUGUGGGGAGUGCUUCCUGGAGAGCGCCAAGCUGGCCCGGCACCGGCGCAUGCGGCACAGCGCCGACGGGGAGGAGAAGCCUUUCAAGUGCUCUGAGUGCGGCAAGGGCUAUGCCCAGAGCGCCGGCCUGCGACACCACCAGCGAGAGCAACCCUUCCGCUGCCCGCAGUGCGGCCUGAGUUUCCUGUGGAGCUGCCGGCUGGCUGAGCACCGCCGCAGUUGCCGCAUGGCGGAGAAGCCCUACAAGUGCCCCGAGUGCGGCAAGAGUUUCGGCCAGAGCUCCAAGCUGCUGCGGCACCAGGUGACUCACACCGGCGAAAAGCCCUACAAGUGUCCGGAGUGCGGCAAGAUCUUCAGCCAGAGCUCCAAUCUGGCGGAGCACCGGCGCACGCAUGCCGGCCAGAAGCUCCACCGCUGCGGCAUCUGCGGCAAAAGCUUCGCCCUGGGCUCCUAUCUGGCCAAGCACCAGAUCACCCACACCGGGGAACGGCCCUACCGCUGCACCGAGUGCGGCAAAGGCUUCCGGCAGAGCUCCAACUUGAUCCAGCACCAGCGCACCCACACCGGCGAGCGCCCAUACACCUGCCCCCAGUGUGGCAAAAGCUUCUGCCAGAACUCCCACCUCAUCAAGCACCGGCGCACCCACACUGGUGAGCGCCCCUACCGCUGCCCCCAGUGCGGCAAGAGCUUCCGCCAGAGCGCCAACCUGCUGGAGCACCAGAACACCCACACCGGCGAGCGCCCCUACCAGUGCGGCCAGUGCGGCAAGAGCUUUUGCUGGAGCUCAGCCUUCAGUAAACACCAGAGGACGCAUCUCAGCUAGGGGAGCUGUGCUGGGACCUACCUGAGCCGGGGGCCCUGUAUUGGGACUCUGCAGGCCCACCUGAGCUGGGGUGCCCCCCAUAUGGGGAUCACCAAGCCCCAUCUCCAGUUAUGGACCCCAUAUGGGGAUCCCCAGGAGCCAGGGCAACACUGGGACCCCUCCCUGCUUCCCCCCUCUCCCCUCCGAGCUAGGGGACCCAAUAUGGAGACCACCAGGACACCCCAUGGACGUGCUGGAGAUCCCAGCCUAUCUUGCAUCAGGGUGGCCCUGGUUGAUCUCUUCCAUCAGGGAAGCAGGAUCCAGCCAUGGCACAUGGAGGCAAACCAAGAUCAGGCUCUGUCAUGCCAGGUGCUGCACAGACACGCAGUGAUCGAGAUCAGGCCCCGUCAUGCUGGGCACUGCACAGACACAAAGUGAUCGAGAUCAGGGGCCAGUUGUGCCGGGCGCUGCACAGACACACAGUGACUGAGAUCAGGGCCCUGUCGCACCCGGUGCUGCACAGACACAGUCAACGACAGUCUCUGGUUUACAUCACUUACAUGUACUGCUUUCCAUUGCCUCCCCAUCCAAUGCAGGACUGACCGAACGGUGUAUUGGCCCAGACUUGUUCUGCAUAUCCCAAGUGGCUGAGAUUUCACUCUCUCUGUUAGGUGACCGUUGUACAGCUCUCAUCUUUAGCAAAUCUUUGAUGACACUGAAACGAAACUCAUUUUGCGGACUCCUCUGGAGUUCCUUCAUUAAGAAGGAGGGGAAAUGAGAGAUUGUGCUUUGGGGUGUAAUGACUAAGAAGACUGCUAAGUGAUUUUGUUAACCACAGGGUGAAAGGUGAGGUGCUGUUGUGAAUCAGAAAGGAGCUAAGAGACAGGCAAGUAAUUGUAGGAAGAAAUGGACAGUUUCCACAAGCUUCAAACCCACGAUUGGCUCAAGAAGUCAGCAAAGCCCUAAUCACCAGGCUGCCAAAGACUGAGAGCCUCUUCCUGUAUUCAAAGAGCUAAAGAGGGAAACUAGAGACUUUUAAGCUCAUCAAAUUCCUGAUCUUUGUGUCUAGCCUCCUUUUCUAGCUGGUCCCUCACCUUUUUUUGCCACCUGCAUGUCCAUCUUUGUCCUUUUGCAAAGCUGGGUUCCAGCCCUCCACCAAUUCCUCAGGACUCUUCCACACAGGAUUGUGGAACUCCCUGCCACAGGAUGCUGCUGUAGCUGAGAACGUAGCCAGAUUCAAAGAGGGACUGGAUGUUUAUGUGCCUAACAAGACGUGUAUGAUAGUAAAUGAUAAAGAAGUGAGUUUAGAAGGGAUAUUAAACCUCAAGUUCCAGGGUUUAAGGUGAUCUCUAGCUAUUGUGUUUUAGGAUGAGACAUUCAUGUGGGUAGAUGAUCCCGAAUAUGGAUUCCUCUCACUUUCUUCUGCAGCAUCUGGUGCUAGCCCAGUGUCAGAGAUAAGCCACGGGGCUAGAGGAAUCCCAGGUUCGAUACAGUCUAGCAGUCCCAGUUCUAAAAGCGCUCCCGUCACUAAUGUGCAGUUAUAAUGAGAGCACCUAGGCUAGACAAAAUAUUGUGGAGCAGACACAGGCAGGGAAUGAUAUUCGUUCCUUCUGCUGUCAGACAGAUACGCAGACAACCUCACUGUAAGCAUGAACUGCUUUCUGGGAAAAGCUUGUAUUUUCUAACACGAUAAUCUAGGCAGCAUCUUUGUGAUUAGGCCAGGAGCCUGGCAGCCCGGACUCCUGAGUUCUCUCGGCAGCCCUUCCACUGACUUCCCCUCUCCAUGGCCAUCUGGGCUAGUGAGGAUUCAUCUAUGAGUAAGGAGCUUUUGAGUUCCUCGACUAGAAAUCCCUACAUCAAUGCAGAGUAUGGUGGUGAAAGACUCUUUUUUAUGUAUGUCUUUUGCAAGUGAUUUUACCAAAGCUGUUGGGGAGAUCUCGGGAAUUACAGACCAGUGAGCCCUACCUCUCCGUAUCUGUUAAAUCUGGUUGAAACAAUAAACAAAAAUAGAGUUACCAAACAUCUAGAAGAUAGUGAUAUAUGCUAGUGUCUAACCAGCACGGCCUCCCCAUAGGGAAACCAUGCCUCACUAACCUGUUAGAAUUCUUUGAGUGUGUCAAUAAAAUAGUGACUAAA